GCUUCAUUAAAUACUAUAUUAUACAUAUUUACUGCCUAUUUCGGAUUCAGUUAUUUUACUAAUUUUUAGUUAUUAUAGGUACAAUAAUUUGUAAUACAAUAGUGAAUUGUAAAUAUUGUAAAUGUGACUAGUGUGUUAUACCAUUGGUUGAUUCACUAUUAUGGUUAUGUACUUAAAUUUUAAUAAACAAAUUUAGAUAAAAUAUUUAUUAUUUAACUGUCACAGUGUUACUACUUACUUUUUAUUAUUUUAACUAGAGUAAAAAAAUAUUAACAAAAUAUUAAAUAUUCAAAUUUACAAAUUUUGUACCUACUUAAUAUUGUGUUCUGUACUUUGGUAGGUCGUUGUUCUUGGUAUAUCAUUUUUUACACGUUUUUGAAUUGGAAAGUUCAAUAUACUUAUCAGCAAUAUAUUUAGAAACAAUUUGUACUCAAGAUAAGGAAUUUGACUAUUUGAGUACCUACAUCAUAUAUUUUCUUGUAUUAAUAAAAUCAGUUUUGAAAUGUCAAAAAGAAAUAAGAUUUCGUAUAUCAAACCACGAGAACCAUCAUUUUUGACAAAAUUAAAACAAGAAGCCAACUAUAAGGAAGGACCUUCAGUUGAUACAAAAAAAAUUGAACUUCCAACUUAUGAAGAUGACGAAUCAUAUGAUGAUGACAACCCAACUGUGGUUGUAUUAACUGAAGGCGAUUUAACUUCUGAAGAAGCAUCUAAAGAGGCAUUAGCCAAAGAAACAGAAGAAAACAGUAAACCAGCAGAUUUAUCUAAACGUAUAAUCUUCAAACGCCCAGCUAAAACUACACCACAAUCUGAAGAAAAGCAUAGAGUGAAUAAAAAGAAAAAACGAACAGAAAAAUUAGUUCUAUCUUUUGAUGAUGAAGAAGAGUAUUCUUAAAUCUGGUUUGCUUAAAAUGAUACUACAAAAUUACUUUUUGUUUAUCAAGCUAUGGUUGAGUGAUAGCUGAUUGCAACGGUGACUUUUUCAAAUAAACAUUAUCAUUGUAUAUAAUAUAGAUUUUUUUUAAUAAAAUAUGUACAUAUAUUAUAAUAUCAUAUACUUUUAUAAUAAAAAUUACUUAUUUGACUGCCACAUUAAUUUUGUAAACUUACAGUCUCCAAAAUGCCAAUUAGAUUCAAUAAAAUAUUUAAGGUUAAAUUUAUUUUAAGUUAAUUUAAAUUUUGUAUAUAAUUCAAAAAAUGUUACCUGACAAUAUUAUUAUAAAAUCUAUGCCAAUUAUUAAUAUAAAUAAGCAAUAUUAUUUC